GGUUUUGGUAGUCCAUCAGGUGAACACUGGCUGGGAAAUGAAUUUAUCUUUGCAAUAACAAGUCAGAGGCAAUAUUCUCUAAGAAUUGAGUUAAUGGACUGGGAAGGAAACCGGGCGUAUUCACAGUAUGACAGAUUUCACAUAGGAAAUGAAAAACAGAAUUACAGGCUUUAUUUAAAAGGUCACAGUGGAACAGCUGGGAAACAAAGUAGCCUGAUCUUACAUGGUGCUGAAUUCAGUACGAAAGAUGCUGACAAUGACAACUGUAUGUGUAAAUGUGCUCUCAUGUUGACUGGAGGGUGGUGGUUUGAUGCCUGCGGCCCUUCCAAUCUCAAUGGGAUGUUCUACACAGCUGGGCAAAACCAUGGAAAGCUCAAUGGCAUAAAGUGGCAUUAUUUCAAAGGCCCCAGCUACUCCUUACGCUCCACCACCAUGAUGAUUCGGCCCUUGGACUUUUAA